UUGGAAAACAUAUGAAAUCUUCCUCACAAAAGGGCCUCUCCUUUUAGAACCCACAAGUAAGAGGAAAAAAAAUGGCCAUAGCAUUACCAGGGCUGGCUUUUGCCGCAUUGGUCUUGGCAGCUGCAUCGUCCGCCGCAUCAGCAGCGGCACCAGUGACAUUUGUCUUUGGUGACUCCUUAACAGAAGUUGGAAACAACAAUUAUCUGCAAUAUUCUCUUGCAAAAUCAAAUUACCCUUGGUAUGGUGUUGAUUACGUUGGUGGGCAGGCCUCCGGGAGGUUCACAAAUGGGAGGACAAUUGGUGACAUUAUAUCGGAAAAGCUUGGGACUUCAUCACCACCACCUUAUCUGUCUCUGUCACAAAACGAUGAUGCUCUCCUUGAAGGGGUGAAUUAUGCAUCCGGUGGAGCCGGAAUUCUCAAUGACACUGGACUUUAUUUUAUACAGAGAUUGUCCUUCGAUGAUCAAAUAAAUAACUUCGCAAAGACCAAGAAGAGAAUCCAGUCAAAAAUAGGAGAAGUGGCUGCCAACAAGCUUUGCAAUGAAGCCACGUACUUCAUUGGAAUCGGAAGCAAUGAUUAUGUCAACAAUUUCUUGCAACCCUUUUUACCAGACGGUCAGCAGUACACACAUGACGAAUUUAUGGAUCUAUUGCUCUCCACCUUAGACCAACAAUUAUCUAGGCUGUAUCAACUCGGUGCGCGAAAGAUGGUCAUGCAUGGUCUUGGCCCACUCGGCUGCAUUCCCUCUCAGAGGGUAAAAUCAAAGAACGGCCAAUGCUUAAAGAGAGUAAAUCAAUGGAUUCAGGAAUUCAACUCCGAAACACAAAAGCUAGUAGCCUCUCUAAACGAGCGCCUCCCAAAUGCAAAACUAAUAUUUGCAGAUACAUAUCCAGCAGUUCUGGAUUUGAUCGAUAAUCCCACCACAUAUGGUAAAACCCAAAAGCCUCAAUUCAGAAUAAUCAACAAGGUUAAACAAAGCAAUGUCUUGAACGUGACUCUUUCUUUUGCAGGAUUUAAGAUUUCCAAUACAUCGUGUUGCAAUGUUGACUCGAACAUCGGAGGGCUAUGCUUGCCUAACUCCAAGUUGUGCAGCAAUCGCAGUGAAUAUGUAUUCUGGGAUGCAUUCCAUCCCUCGGACGCAGCAAACGCAGUGCUUGCUGAAAAACUUUUUUCCAGCCUAUUUUCUGCUGCUCUUUCCCCUGCACCGGCUCCGUCGCCCUGAUUCGUAUCUCAAUAUAAAUGAAAUAGUACUAAAUUAAUUAUAGAAUUCCUGAAUGCCUAGAUGGAAUUUGACAUAAAAUGCCUAGAUGGUAUUUGACAUGUCUUUGUACUCUGUUGACACUGCAAAAUCUCUUUCGUGCGGUAAUUACAUCACUGUAAUUGCAUUAUCAUGCCGAUACAAAAGUAACUUGACCAGAUACAGCACGACCAAUGGCCUUCAAUAUAAAAUUUUUAGCUCUUUAUUCAAAAUGUAGAGGUGUAAAAAACAUAGAUUCAAAUACAAGGAAUCAAUAGUAUUCAUGACCGUUCUUGUGAAUUGAAAAAUGACUUAAAAGAAGAAGAAACAUGUGGUUUUUCAAGUAAAAUCAUGGUUUCCUUCCCAUGUAAAGCCAAUAAAACAUAAAAUUGAAAGCAAAAAAAAAAAAAAAAAAAAUUGAAGUCUCAUUUUGAGACAGAACUCUACCCAACAUUUAACUAGAGAUUGAUUCGCGCAUAAUCAACCCAAGAAAUUCCAGAUGCACACGAUCUAUUGAAGUAAAAACAAUUGCGGUUGCUCUCAGAUAAAGGCCAUAGUUUUCCACAUGAGAGAACUUGGAGCAGGUAACCCUCUUCGAUCUAAGCCAAAGAUACUUCAAAUGCUUGACAAAGCCUUCCUCUUUUCUCUAUAAGAAGGGGCAUUAACCUCCUAGUCAUAGAAAAGAGAGUCAUCAGGCACCUACCAAGCACAAAAAGUUCUUCCCUGGGCUUAUACCCAAGAGAAUCGAAACCAGACUCGGCCUCUCUUCGGUGUGGUUAAAGCAAAAUCAAUCAUCAUUGAGCACUCAGGCACAAACCCAGAAAAAACAAAUUUGAGAAAAUAAUUGGCGAUUUCCGAGACGGAUCGGUGUUUAGAAGAUGAGAGGGUGUGAAACCUACGAGAAAUAGUCAGAAUCCACCAAGAAUAAAGAAUCUGCCAGUCCAUAGGUACCCGGAAACUUUGAUUUCGCAUCUCUU